AUGGCUUCAUCAUCGUCCCAUUCUCUCAAAGCUCUAGUUGUCUUCAGGAACUUCAUGUACCCCACGCUGAUCAGAACGGUGCAUGUGUACCAAUUGGAGGGAGGAACAGAAGAGGAAGUGGAGAGAGAGUAUGUGUUCCACAAGGAUAGUGAUUAUGAGGAAAUUGGUUUCUGUAAAAUUUUCACGCUGCAGAAAUUUCAGCUUUCGGCACAGUUUGAAGGUUUGGUGAACGGAGUGUGGCGUUGCAUUUAUGUUUUUGAUGCUGAUCGUCACUCCCCUCCAAAUAUAGGCCACAUUCCUAGUAUAUUGUCAAUGUCCAGGAAUCCUAAACUGGCAUCAAUCCAGACGCUGGCCAAGGAUCUUGAAAUAAUUUCUCAAUUGAGCAGCCGAGUGGAAGACAGAGCUCCUGUCCAGAUUCUACUGGUGGCGACGAAAGAAGGGAACCAUAAUAAUGACCAUCCGUUAAGAAGUACUCAACAUGUGAUUAGUCUGGAUCUUAACUCCAUUCCUUAUUCAGAAUCUGAAGAUGAAGACAGUGAACAACAUGAACCAGGUCAAAUUCCAUUGCUCGAAUUCCCCAAUAAUUAG